CUCAUGGAACAUUUGCUCAGAAUCAUGUCGUUCGCUCUCUUAUCGUUGGCAAUCAUUGCGUUGGUGUGUCCAUUGACAGUUAGUAGUAAAUAUGAUGCGGAUCGUCUCGCCGAAGACAUAGAUUAUUUACAAUCUAGAAUCAACUGGUAUAGCAACGGCGUUAAGAAUUACAAGAAAUUUUUGAGCAUUCUACAUGAUGAUCUAAAGGUAUCUCAAGAUCAAUUGGAAACAAGCGGUGGUGAAAAGAAAACAACUAUCGCUGAGUUUGUGAAGUGCGUCACCAAAACUUCUGAAGACUCCUACAAACCGGCGACCAACAGCAGGGAAUUCUUCGUCAUACCUGAGGAUAAACCUCUCUGGAAACAAUGGCUUAACCAUGGGUUUGAAUAUGUUCAUAAAUCCCCAGAUUUCACAGUUUGUGAUAGUCUCCUAUCGAAUAAACACACUAAAGAAAUACGUGAGUUGAGACACGUGAUAGAAAUGCAGACCAGGUCUAAAGAAAUAAUUAAAGCAUUUGCAGGCACUUUCAAAAUUCUAUUAUGUCGUCAACGUCUACUCAGAGGUGAGAUAGCACUUCUCAACUAGGUGUUUCGUGUACACCUCGGAUAAUUGAUUUAAUGAUUGAAAACGAUAGGUUUGCAACAUUUUAUCUGUUUCCUUACAUGCGUCGAUUCAUGUUCACACAUCAAGUAAGCCUUUCUGAUGACAAACUGCAUCUCCUCAUUGUAGAAAUCAAAUCGAUUUAUGAGAAUGUUAUGCUGAACAUGCUAGUGAGUUUACGUACCAGAAUCAAUCCACACACUUUCCUAUGACAAGUAUUAGUCUACUUUUAGUUUAUUCUUCACCAGCAAAUCUCAUGUCAUAUUCGUUAAUUUCCUGUGUGUGUUUGGAGACAAGUAGAUGAGAUGUUCACUUCAAACGAAUAACUAAGUAUUGUGUGAUUGAAAUUUCAUUUAUCGGUACUAUAAUAAGAUGGGAAGGUUUGGCCACUUUCUGAUUGACUUCUUUGACAGUUCAUUGAUAUGAUUGUUUUAACUGAGGCGCUUAAUUCACGUCUAGACGACAUUUGAAUGAAUCGACUGUAUAAUCCAGCGCAUGGACUAAAGCACAACCGAUUUGAGUAUUUCAGUCAUUUGAAGCUGGAAAUGUUGGAAAUCGCUGAUUGAUUCACUCACUGAAACGUUUAUAUUUGCUUUAGCAUCGUCCUUGAUUUUAUGUGUAAUUACUCCUUCAUUCGUCAUUUCUCCUUCAUUCUUCUGUUCUUCAAGAGAGAACACAUGCUACUGAAAAGAAAUCGAAAAGUGUCAUUCGUGUGAGAUGGUCGUAUCUAUUCAACUGUUUUCAAGAAUCAUU